CUUAUUGACAGCCGGUGGUUCAAGCAGUGGAAGAAGUAUGUGGGCUUUGACAGCUGGGAUAUGUACAAUGUUGGCGAACACAACCUGUUUCCUGGCCCGAUCGACAACUCCGGCCUCUUUUCAGAUCCUGAGAGUCAGACUUUGAAGGAGCACUUAAUUGAUGAAUUGGACUAUGUCCUGGUGCCGACGGAGGCCUGGAAUAAGUUACUCAACUGGUACGGCUGUAUUGAAGGCCAGCAGCCCAUCGUCAGAAAAGUUGUGGAGCAUGGCCUCUUUGUCAAGCACUGCAAGGUUGAGGUGUACUUGCUGGAGCUGAAGCUCUGUGAGAACAGUGACCCUACCAACGUGCUGAGUUGCCACUUCAGCAAGGCGGACACCAUCGCCACCAUUGAGAAGGAGAUGCGGAAGCUGUUCAACAUCCCCGCGGAGCGUGAGACGCGGCUCUGGAACAAGUAUAUGAGUAACACCUACGAGCAGCUGAGCAAGAUGGACAACACUGUCCAGGAUGCUGGCCUGUACCAGGGUCAGGUGCUAGUCAUUGAGCCCCAAAACGAAGAUGGCACGUGGCCCAGGCAGACCCUGCAGCCAAAAACAAGCCUUGCGCCUAGCAGAAAUUUCACUACCUCUCCAAAAUCGUCAGCAAGCCCCUGUUCCUCAGUGUCUGCCUCUCCUAUUGCAAACGGUGACCGCACUAACACCUCUGGGAUGCACAGCUCCGGUGUCAGCAGGGGUGGAUCUGGCUUCUCCGCAUCAUACAGUUGUCAAGAGUCCCCGUCGUCUCAUGUGCAGCCAGGCCUCUGCGGACUCGGAAACCUGGGAAACACCUGCUUCAUGAACUCUGCUUUGCAGUGCCUGAGCAAUACGGCACCACUGACGGACUACUUUCUCAAAGAUGAGUACGAGGCUGAAAUCAACAGAGAGAACCCUCUGGGGAUGAAGGGUGAGAUUGCAGAAGCCUAUGCCGAGCUCAUUAAGCAGAUGUGGUCUGGACGAGACACCCAUGUGGCACCCCGCAUGUUCAAAACCCAAGUCGGACGUUUUGCCCCUCAGUUUUCUGGCUACCAGCAACAGGACUCUCAGGAGCUGUUAGCCUUUCUUCUCGACGGCUUGCACGAAGACCUGAACCGAGUGAAGAAGAAGCCCUACUUGGAGCUGAGGGAUGCCAAUGGGCGGCCAGACGCGGUGGUAGCUAAGGAAGCCUGGGAGAACCACAGGUUACGGAAUGACUCUGUCAUCGUGGACACGUUUCAUGGCCUCUUCAAAUCCACUUUGGUUUGCCCAGAAUGUGCGAAGGUUUCCGUGACCUUUGACCCAUUUUGCUAUUUGACUCUCCCACUGCCCUUGAAGAAAGAUCGAAUUAUGGAGGUCUUCCUGGUUCCUGCUGACCCUUGCUGCAGACCCACCCAGUACCGCGUGACUGUGCCGCUGAUGGGCGCCGUGUCGGACCUGUGCGAGGCGCUCUCCAGGCUCUCUGGCAUUGCUGCGGAAAACAUGGUGGUCACGGAUGUGUAUAAUCACCGGUUCCACAAGAUUUUCCAAAUGGACGAAGGUUUGAACCACAUCAUGCCUCGGGAUGAUAUUUUCGUGUACGAGGUCUGCAGCACGUCGGCGGACGGCUCCGAGUGUGUCACGCUGCCAGUCUACUUCAGGGAGAGGAAGGCCCGGCCGUCGAGCACGUCCUGCGGGGCGGUGCUGUAUGGGCAACCCCUGCUGGUCUCUGUCCCCAAGCACAAGCUGACCCUUGAGUCCCUGUAUCAAGCUGUUUGUGAGCGUAUCAGCCGCUACAUAAAACAGCCUCUGCCUGAUGAGUGUGGCAGCUCGCCCUUGGAGCCGGGAGCCUGCAAUGGCUCCAGGGGCAGCUGUGAAGGAGAAGAGGAGGAGAUGGAGCACCAGGAUGAAGGCAAGGAGCAGCUCUCGGAGACGGACGGCAGUGGGGAGGAAGAGCUGGGCAGCGACCCCAGUGACACCGACCCGAAGAAGGGCAAGGGCCCCAAGAGACUUUUCACCUUCAGCCUUGUGAACUCCUACGGCACCGCCGACAUAAAUUCACUCGCAGCCGACGGGAAACUACUUAAACUCAACGCGCGAUCCACACUGGCCAUCGACUGGGACAACGAGACCCGGAACCUUUACUAUGACGAGCAGGAGUCUGAAGCCUGCGACAAGCACGUGAGCAUGCUGCAGCCGCAGAAGAAGAAGAAGACCUCGGUGGCCCUGCGGGACUGCAUCGAGCUCUUCACCACCAUGGAGACCCUUGGGGAGCACGACCCCUGGUACUGUCCCAACUGUAAGAAGCAUCAACAGGCCACAAAGAAGUUUGACCUGUGGUCCUUGCCCAAGAUCCUGGUGGUCCACCUGAAGCGAUUCUCCUACAACAGAUACUGGAGGGAUAAGCUGGACACGGUCGUGGAGUUCCCGGUCAGAGCUCUGAACAUGUCGGAGUUCGUGUGUGACCGGUCGGCAAGGCCCUACGUGUACGACCUCAUCGCCGUGUCCAAUCACUAUGGUGCCAUGGGGGUUGGCCACUACACUGCGUAUGCAAAGAACAAGUUGAAUGGCAAGUGGUAUUACUUUGAUGACAGCAACGUGUCCCUGGCCUCCGAAGAUCAGAUAGUGACGAAAGCUGCCUACGUGCUGUUUUACCAGCGUCGGGAUGAGGAGCCCCACCAGACCCCUGCGGUCCCCGCUUUCCCAAGCAGCUCCCAGCAGGGCGUGGGGGAUGAGGAGGCCUGCAGCAUGGACACUAACUGAUGCUGCUUCGGCACCCCGGGGGACCCCCACGAGAGCAUCCGUGACACUCUGAAGAGGGCUCACCUCAGUCUGAAACCCAGAUGGAGUGCCCUUCUUAAUGGGCAGAAGACAGAAAAAAAGACUUUGCUCAGAAGGGUUAUGUCCAAGAGACUGAAAUUAUUUUUCUUUUUAAACAGGUGGUGAGAGGUUUCUGUACAACCCGGAGCUGCUGCAGGGCGGGCGGGCGGGACAAGGUGCCUCAGGGCACCUGAGGUCUGGGUUUGGGGUCCCCUCAGCCAGUGGCUCACAGGGAAGCCAGCCCUGAGUACACCACGCCCCCUUCUCCCCUGCUGUGCACCGAGAUGAACUUAUAAAUUCCCUGAGCAAUG